UGUGUGAUGCUUGUUUUUUCUGAAUCUUUUCAGUUUUUUUGACAUGUCUGAUUACUUUUUGUUUCUUUAUGUAUCAGGCUUCUCCAAUUUUAAUUGGUGGACGCCAAGCUGCCGUUGAAGAGAAGAAGUCUACCAGUUCUCGAGGUAACACUAGGGGUAGAUAUCCAUCUGGAAGGGGUAAUGGAUUCAGGAAUGAUGGAGUACGUGGGCGAGGAAACUACAAUGGAAGUGGGAGGGGCUAUAAUCGCGGUGAUUUCAAUGGAAGAAGUGAGUUCAACAACAGAGGUGGCAAUCGCGGAGGGUCAUCCAACCGUGGAGGUGGUGAUGGCUAUCAGCGAAGUGACAACAAUGGGCGAAUGAAUCGUGGUGGUGGUGGUAUGGCAAAUGGAACUGUCAAAAAUAUGACACCACGGAUUUCAGCUACAGCUUGAGGAGGAGAAGUAGUUUUGGGCAAAUAAGUGAAAGCUAAUUUAGUUAUUCUUUUUUAAUUUGAAAUGGUUGGAUGUGGCAGGUAGGAAGUUGUCACUCUUGCGGCAUGUUGUGCCUUUCCCUAAUUUUUGCCGUUAAUUGGUAUAGAGGUUGGAGUAGCUUCUGUUUUUGUAGCAUAUUGUUAGCUUGUUCCCUAGGAAGAGAUUGAUUAUCCACUCAUUUUGUAAGCCACGUUGUAUUUGUUGAAUUAUUUUUGGGUCGUC